GAGAGGUGCGGCGGGGGAGGUAAUGAUGGUGGUGGCGGCCGAGGGAGGCGGGGGAGGGGGAUCUGGGCGCUGAACCGCGGCUCUGGCAGGGCUCGCUCGGGCGGGCGGGCCGGAGGGGGACGGUCGCUGGGCGCUCUGCCGGGGAGGGGGCGCUGCUCCGGGAGGGGGCGGGCGUCGUCCGCCCGGGAAGCUGCAGACCCCGGCUCCCGCAAACGAGCACCGCGCCGGGCUUCGCUGUUCCACGCGGCUCCAGCAGGGAUGGAGGACUCGGUGGCGGUAGCUGCUUCUGAGGCGGCGGCGACCGAGGAGCGGCUCUAAGGAGGGGACAGCGGGAUUAGAGUUCUCCAGAACCCACGUCAUAUAGUCCCUGAAGUGGAAUGAUGAUGUCUCCAUGAGGGAACCUCCUCUCAGUCAUCCUGUCCUGUACAUCAGCUGUUCUUGACUGGGCCAUUGAUCUAAGAUAGGAUUUACCCUGUGAGACAGGGAGAAGACUUAUGGACGCCAAGCAUCAUUUCAAGUUCUAGUUUUUGUUGAAAGUACUGACAUACAUGCAAGGCUCGUGUGCUUUAUCAAAGCUGCUGUGUUGCUAAUCCAGAACUGUUCCAGUCUCUUGGCCUAUCACCAUGGCUUCAGUUUGGAAGCGACUGCAGCGUGUGGGAAAACAUGCAUCCAAGUUCCAGUUUGUGGCCUCCUACCAGGAGCUGAUGGUUGAAUGUACAAAGAAAUGGCAACCAGAUAAACUGGUGGUUGUUUGGACAAGAAGAAGCCGAAGGAAGUCUUCCAAGGCUCACAGCUGGCAACCUGGAAUAAAAAAUCCAUAUCGUGGUGUUGUUGUUUGGCCUGUUCCUGAAAACAUUGAAAUCACUGUGACGCUGUUUAAGGAUCCUCAUGCAGAAGAAUUUGAAGACAAAGAAUGGACAUUUGUCAUUGAGAAUGAAUCCCCUUCUGGUCGGAGGAAAGCUCUUGCCACCAGCAGCAUUAACAUGAAACAGUACGCAAGCCCCAUGCCAACACAAACUGACGUCAAGUUAAAAUUCAAGCCGCUGUCUAAGAAGGUCGUGUCUGCCACUCUCCAGUUCUCACUGUCCUGUAUCUUCCUUCGGGAGGGAAAAGCAACGGAUGAAGAUAUGCAGAGUUUGGCUAGUUUGAUGAGUAUGAAGCAGGCAGACAUUGGCAAUUUAGAUGAUUUCGAAGAAGAUAAUGAGGAUGAUGACGAGAACCGUGUGAACCAAGAGGAGAAGGCGGCAAAAAUUACAGAAAUUGUAAACCAGUUGAAUGCUCUGAGCAGCUUAGAUGAAGAUCAAGAUGACUGCAUAAAGCAAGCAAAUGUGCCCUCAGCUAAAUCAGCCAGUUCCUCUGAAGAACUUAUAAACACACUUAACUUUUUGGAUGAAGCACAAAAGGACUUGGCCACUGUGAAUACCAAUCCAUUUGAUGAACCUGAUGUAACAGAAUUAAAUCCAUUUGGAGAUCCUGACUCAGAAGAACCAAUCACUGAAACAACUUCACCUAAAAAACCAGAAGAAUCUUUUUAUAAUAACAGCUGUAAUCCCUUUAAAGGUGUACAGACUCCACAGUAUUUGAACCCAUUUGAUGAACCAGAAACUUUUGUAAUGAUAAAGGAUUCUCCACCCCAGUCUACACGAAGAAAAAACCUAAGACCUGUAGACAUGAGCAAGUACCUCUAUGCUGAUAGUUCAAAGAGUGAAGAGGAACUGGAUGAAUCAAAUCCUUUUUAUGAGCCUAAGCCAACUUCUCCAAAUAAUUUGGUCAAUACAGUUCAAGAAGGGGAAACUGAACGGAGAGUGAAAAGAAGGGCCCCAGCCCCGCCGGCCCCACUAGCCCCGCCAGCCCCGCCAGCCCCACCAGCCCUCACACCCAAGACUGGAGUAAAUGAAAACACAGUUGUCUCUGCAGGGAAAGAUCUCUCUACUUCUCCAAAGCCAAGCCCGAUACCAAGUCCUGUUCUGGGGCAAAAGCCAAACGCUAGUCAGUCGCUGCUUGCAUGGUGCAGAGAAGUUACAAAAAACUACCGGGGCGUGAAAAUCACCAACUUUACCACAUCGUGGAGGAAUGGCUUAUCAUUCUGUGCAAUUUUACACCACUUUAGACCAGACUUAAUCGACUACAAGUCUCUGAAUCCUCAAGAUAUUAAAGAAAACAACAAAAAGGCUUACGAUGGAUUUGCCAGCAUUGGAAUUUCCCGUUUACUGGAACCUUCUGAUAUGGUUUUAUUAGCAAUCCCUGACAAACUGACUGUUAUGACUUAUCUCUAUCAAAUAAGGGCACAUUUUAGCGGACAAGAACUAAAUGUGGUUCAGAUAGAGGAAAACAGCAGUAAGAGCACAUAUAAAGUUGGAAAUUAUGAGACAGACACAAACAGUUCUGUGGAUCAAGAAAAGUUCUACGCUGAACUCAGCGAUCUGAAGCGAGAGCCUGAACCUCACCAGCCUGCCCGUGGGGCUGUGGAUCUGCUGUCGCAGGAUGACUCUGUGUUUGUAACUGACAGUGGGGUGGGAGAGUCUGAAAGUGAACACCAGACUCCAGAUGACCACCUUAGUCCAAGCACAGCCUCCCCUUACUACCGCAGGACUAAGAGUGACACGGAGCCCCAAAAGUCGCAGCAGAGCUCCGCGAGGACUUCAGGGUCUGAUGACCCUGGGUUAAGUUCUAGUACUGAUUCAGCUCAAGCCCUGGCUUCCUUAGGCAAGAAGAGACUAAAAGCUGAGAACUUGGAACUAAGUGACUUAUGUGUCAGUGACAAGAAGAAGGAUGUGUCUCCACUCUCAGCUUACGAGCAAAAGCUUCAGACUGUACAUGCCAGCAGUGAUAUGGAACAAGGGAAAAUGGAGAAGUCCAGAUCUUUAGAAUGCAGAUUGGAUGGUGAAUUGGCUAUCACAAAGCCAAAUGUAUCCUCUCCUUCUAAACUUGGAUAUAACAGAGACACAGACUUCACGAAAAAACCAUGUGCUUCUCUGAGGCAGAUAGAGUCUGAUCCAGAUGCAGACAAGAGCACUUUAAAUCAUGCAGACCACCCCAACAAAGCAGUUCAGCACCGAAUGUUGUCCAGACAAGAGGAGCUGAAAGAAAGAGCGAGAGUUCUGCUUGAGCAAGCAAGAAGAGAUGCUGCUUUCAAGGUGGGGAGCAAGCAUGGUGGCAGCGCAGCCCCUGCGCUCUGCAGCAGACAGCUAAAUGAUGUGAGGAACACGGGUUGCAAGAAGCACACAGUGUUCACAGUGAACACAGCGGUGAUGGGGCGAAGGGGGCAGCAAGAUGAAGAGAGACGUCGGCAGCUGAGAGAGAGGGCUCGUCAGCUAAUAGCAGAAGCUCGAUGCGGAGUGAAGAUGUCAGAACUUCCCAGCUAUGGUGAAAUGGCUGCAGAAAAGUUGAAAGAAAGGUCAAAGGCAUCUGGAGAUGAAAAUGAUAAUAUUGAGAUAGAUACUAACGAAGAGAUUCCUGAAGGCUUUGUUGUAGGAGGUGGAGAUGAACUUACUAAUAUAGAAAGUGACCUUGAUAAUCCCGAGCAGAAUAGUAAGGUGGUGGACUUGAGGCUGAAGAAGCUAUUAGAAGCCCAGCCACAGGUGGCAAACUUACUCCCCAGUGCUGCGCAGAAAGCUGUAACCGAGGCCUCCGAGCAAGGAGAAAAGAGUGGCGUGGAAGAUCUCCGGACUGAACGAUUACAAAAAGCAACAGAACGUUUCAGAAAUCCUGUUGUGUUUAACAAGGAUUCCACAGUCAGAAAGACUCAGCUCCAGUCUUUCAGUCAGUAUGUUGAGAACAGACCAGAGAUGAAAAGACAGAGAUCAAUACAGGAAGAUACAAAGAGAGGAACUGAGGAGAAGGCAGAGAUAACUGAAACUCAGAGGAAGCCAUCAGAAGAUGAAGUACUUAAUAAAGGGUUCAAAGACACCAGUCAGUAUGUUGUAGGGGAAUUGGCAGCACUGGAGAAUGAGCAGAAGCAAAUUGACACCCGUGCCGCGCUGGUGGAGAAGCGCCUCCGCUAUCUCAUGGACACAGCCACCUCUCUGGGCCCUGGUGAUAAGAGCGCCUUCAUGGGAAGUGAUAACUCACCCUGAUACCGUGUGAGCCAGCACUAUUGAACAGUGUGCUCAUCCAUGCAGAGUUGGAAUACACAUCUGUGCCUCAUUGAUAUGCCACUGCUUAAAAAAAAAGUAAGAUCUUUACUGUUCUACUGAUUCAUUGGGGAAAAAGAAAGAUUUGGCCAGCUAAAGCCAUGUACUGAGUGAAGCAGAGUGCUGUGCAUAGGGUUGGCUCCGUGGACUAGAUCACUGAAAUUUGAGAAUACUAUCUGGUUACUGAUGCUCCACAAUUUUUUUCAAGAGAACAGGUUUUUAAACGUCUGUAAUACUUUAUGUCAUAGCUGCAUUUGAAAGGAUUAAAGUAUAUAGCAAGGUUUGUAAAGAUAGGUUAGCACAGCAAGUUAGCUCCUGAGCGGAGGGUAGAGUGGUAUUUAAUGCUGAUUGCCAAUGAAGAUUGUAUAGAUCUAAGAGCACAAUAAGCUAUUAGAAAAGAACUCUAUGCAUGUAUGCAUAUGUGUGUGUUAUGUUUCUUUAAAGUGCUACUCCUAUAAAAUAAUAUCAAUUGAGAAUUAAGUUCAAACCCUUCACAGCAAAUUAAAGGUAAAUUAUGAUAUAAAAACCUACCAAAAAUGAGGAUUGAAAAUAUAUUCCAAUCAGCUGAUUUAACUUUGUGACCAUUAGAAGAAGAAUAUGAUUUAGAAUUGGGAGGCUUUCCUGAACUUUUUCUUGUCUGCUUUCUUAAACUAUAUCUAAUACUAUAACUUUAUCAGAACUAAGCUUCUUAUACAGGAUAUUUGAAAGUGCAUGUUUUAGUGACAUCAGAAAUUAGCCAGAUAGGGAUGGCGGGUCUGUUGCGAUCUGGUGGGGAAUCCAGUGGGCUUUAUACUGUUGUGUAAACCUCCUGAGCUGCUCCUAGCACUCCUGGGAUUCUGUCAGCAUUCCCCACCUCUCUUCAAGGAGAGGGAGCCUAGGGGGUUUUUUAAUUUAUUUUUUUGUUUAAGUAGUGGGCCUCUUAGAAAACUUGGGGGAAAAAAGUUCUUCCAUUUAAAAUAUAAACAAACAAAACUGUUGGGGGAAGUAUUUGCUGACACGUCUUGAGCUGAUGAGGGGCAGAUGUAGUAGGUGCUCAGGGUCCACGGGGUCACCAAAUGCAAGCCCUGAGCAGAAUUCAGGCCACCAUCGUCCUGUCAUGGCCCUUGUCCCCACGCCAGCUACCUAGCUGGCUAGACUGCAUUUACCAGUACCCUGACAAGUCUUGUGAGUGUCUUGUGUGUUCUGCCUUCUGAACAGAGAGAGUCAUGUGGAGUAGGCAUACAUCAUAACUUAAUAUAUUAUUUUAAAUUUAUAUUUUUCCUUUAGUUUCUAAAGGACUCUAAAUAUCUUAGCUGUGCUAGCUAUAAAAAUGCAAAUCCUUGAGAGUAUAACUUCUCCAAUAAUUUUGAGUUAAUUUUCUUAGCCAUUUGAAGGUGACUGGUCGUGACUUUCUGCUUUGCUUCAGUUGUGUCGAUAAAGGGAAGAUUGCCUUUGCUGAUUGUACUGAGUAAAGUGUAUAUUACUCUACGGAGCCAAUGCAAGGAGCCUUAUGUAAUGAAGCUAAAUAAUGUCUUCCCUCUUCCAUUCAUGGGAUUGAUCUAUCAAGGAUUCUAACCAAAAGAAACUCAAGUUCUCCUUCCCAGCCCGAACAUCACCUGUGCAGCUUGGAACUGGCCUUCUCCAGCUAUAGAUCAGCCGUAUGUAAGGGCUAUAGGUGACAAAUUGAUUAUAGAAUCCCUUUGAGGAUUAUCAUAUCCCUUAUUCACAAGACAGAAUUUUAUCCUGACUAGGUCUCUGCUGCAGAUUCAGGCUAAAACUGACCCAACUUGUUAAGCUCCAAAAAUCACCUUGGACUGUGACAAGCCUCCAGUGUGUGUGUGUGUGUGUGUGUGUGGGGGGGGGGUGCGUGCCAUACUCAGAUUAAAAACUAGUUAGUAUAUGAAACACAAGAUAUAGUAUGUUAAAAAGCAAAAGCACUAAACUGUCAUUUUUCUUUGGGGUCGUCGUGCAUUCCAACUUACAUACUGUAAUAGGAUCUCUUUCCUGGUUUGUUGGAGAUGUCGGUGUACUUCUUAGAGGUAAGCACAGCUUAGUCUUCACGUGUUGCAACUCAGGCUCACAUAGGGGAAAUGAUUCAUUUGCAAUGACCUUGGCUCCAGCAAGGUAGUUCAGUGGGUAACAGUGCUUGCGGAACAAGCCUGACAACCUGCAUUGAAUCCCCAGAACCCACGGGGAGGUGGGAGGAAAGGGCUGCCUCCUCAAGGUUGUCCCUUUGACCUCUGCAGAGCAGCCAUGUGCUUUGGUAUGUGCACACGUGCAUGAACACACAUGCAAUGCAAAAUAAAAUUAUGAAAGGCAGAGUCACAGCCUGAGCAUGGGGUUUCAGCUUUUUAGCUCCUGAUUCCUGCCUCUUUCUUUCUUUUCUUUUUCUUUCUUUUUUUUUUUUUUUUUUUGUGUGUGUGUGUGUGUGUGUGUUUGUUUUUGUUUUUGUUUUUGUUUUUGUUUUUGUUUUUGUUUUUCGAGACAGGGUUUCUCUGUGUAGCCCUGGCUGUCCUGGAACUCACUUUGUAGACCAGGCUGGCCUCAAACUCAGAAAUCCACCUGCCUCUGCCUCCCGAGUGCUGGGAUUAAAGGCGUGCGUCACCACGCCUGGCUUCCUGCCAUCUCCUCUUCUCUUCCUCUGCCUUCACAGCCCAAGCUAGCCUGUAACUCAGUCUUCCUGCCUGCGCCAGCCUUGCAAGUGCCAGGAUUGAUCAUGGCAUAUGCCACCACACUUAGCCUAAGUGUGUAAGUGCUGCACCGAUGAAUCUUCCAGCAGUGUUGACCAGAUCCUUUUUUUAAGAAACUGGGAAAUACUGCUCUACCUACCUUUUCUGUAUACUUGAAUAUAUAGGCUAUAUGCAGUUUUUUACAGAUUAAAAAUCUUCAUGAUCUAAAAUGAACCAUUUGAAAAUAUAUGGUUCUGUGCAUGUGCUGUGUACAGGUCUCUAGUAUUUUUGGCAGUUACAGUGUUGUGUGGUUGUUGCCACCAUAUAUAUACAAAGUUUUUGCCACCGAAGUAGAAAUUCUGUACUCAUUUAAACAACUCUAUCUAUUCCUUCCCGAGCCCCUGAGAAUUCUUUUCCAUGUUGUUUCUGGAUUUACUUUUUUCUAAGUGUUUCAGAUAAUGGAACUGGACAUUUUUUCCUUCUGUGCGUGACCCUUAUUUUGAACGUGGUCUUUGCAGUGCAUUUGUGCUACUGGCACGCUCUGGGUCUUCAUCCUUUCUGCGGUGGAGCACUAGUUUAGUGUGUGUGUACAUACUCCGUUGAUCUGUCUCUCUAUUAAUGGUCAGAUUUUUAUAAUUAAGUUUUCAUUUAUAUGUAUAGGAGUUUUGACUAUGUCUUUGUGCCAUGUGUGUAUGUAUCUACUAUCCAUGGGGUCUAGAGGAGGGCAUUGGUUCCUCUGGGACUGGAGUUACAGACAGCUGUGAGCUGCCAUGUGGAUGCUGGGAAUCGAACCUGGGUUUUUUGCAAAAGCAGCCAGUGCUCUUAGCUUAGUCAGUGCUUGACCCCUGAUUGACAGCUCUUAUUUUUAGUUUUUGACCAGUGUGAACAUUUAUGUGUAGACAUCUAUUUGAAACACCAUUUUACUUCUUUUGUAUAUACACCUAGGGGUGUGAUUUCUGGAUCGUAUUAAAGUUCUAUACUCAAUCAAGUUGUGAAAUUUAUAAAGCAAAACACAUUUUCAAAUGAAACUCUUUGUUUUCAUCAAAUAUAUUAAUGAUUAUUCUAGUUCCAAAUUCCUAGGGUGUGAGUAGCUCGAGGCUUUAAGGACUACCUGUUUGAGGAGAUGAGAGAAGGGAGAAAUCGGAUGGAGGCCCAGACUGCUAGGACCUCUACUGGCAUGCUGACAGGCUGCUCUAACAAGGAGAGAGAGCCUUGGUGGGCCAUGGAGCAAGAUGAGGAGGUGCCACAGGUGUGAAAGGCAAUAGCUUGGAAGGCCUAGGUGGCGGGGACAAAGCAAGCAUGCGGAUUUAUGCAGGUGGUUCCUUAUCAGGUUGCUGAGCUAAUCCAAAAUUGGCGAUAGUCUGGAUUCAUUCAUUCAUACUCUCUCCUUACCUUCCCCUGCUCUCUCAGCGAAACUUAAUUAGAAAUAUGUAGUAAAUAUAUUCCAAGCUGGCACUGUGUAUAAGUGCUGCACCGAUGAGUCUUUCAGCAGUGUUGGAACCCUGGCAGAUGCAGUUAAUAAUGGGAAUGUUAUGAAUCCUUACACUGUUUGCUGCUGUUUGUAUUAUUGUAGUGAAUGCUAUUUAUUUUCCAUUUCUGAUUGGUUUCCAUUUGAUAAUCAUAUUUUCUUACUGUAAAACUAUAGUGUUUUUAUCCAGUAACAUGGAAGAUUUUUAAUAACAACAUUUUAUUUACAUUUUAAGUAUAAAAAUUAAACACAUGGGGGAAUUUGCAGCUUUAUAACUUUAAACAAUUUUUAAAGAAUCAUGAUAGUAGGCUCCCUAAAUCCCAGGCAAGAUGGGAUUGAUUUCAUGUCUUUUCCUAGAGCAUUGGCUGCAAAAACCCAACUGGCCAUUUAAAUGUACUGAGGGGAAAAAAAAAAAAAAAAAGAGCUAAAAGAAAAACUCUAUGUAGCCUUCAGAAUUUCUCAUCCCUUAAGGAUCCACAUGUCGUAUAUUAAGCUGUUUUAAAGAAGGAAAUGGAGUGUAUGUGGUGGCUUCUACCUGUAAUCCCAGCACUUGGGAGGCUAAGGCAGGGUUGGGCCACGUGGCAAAACCCUGUCUCACACCAUGACAAAAACAGCGGAACUAUUGAGCACAUGCACACAAAGUCAAUUGUAUGUGGGUUAGUGCUGAUAAUUGGUCUUUUCAAAUCAGCAGAAUUUUACCCAUUAUCUUCUACCUAGUCUGGCACUGAUGACCGUAGUUAUCAUAUGCUUUGUAUAUGCCCAGCUCUGUGAGAAAUAAGUGAAACACUUCUUUUAUCUGUUGUUUGUUAGCAUCCUAUAGAAGAGCUUCUGCUAUUAACUGGGAGUUUGGGGUUUGUUGUUGUUUCAUGUGCAUGGAUGUUUUGCCUGCAUGUAUGCAUAUCUAUGUGAGGGUAUCAUGUCUGGAGUUACAGGCAGUUGUGAGCUUCCAUUUGCGUGUUGGGAAUUGAACCCAGGUCCUCUGCAAGUGCAGACAGUGCUUUUUUUUUUUUUUUUUUUUUUUUUUUUUUUUAGUGAAAGUGUUGGGGUUUUUUCUUUAAUUUAUUUAUUUACAUUAAACACUGUCCUCUCCCAAAAGCCCUCCCCUAUCCCCUUCUCUGAGAGGGUUGCCUCAGCCCCUCCCCCAUAUUCCCUCCACUCUGGCGCAUCCAAUCUCUGUCUCACUGAGACCAGACAACUGCUGAGCCAUCCAUGUGCGGCACUCCAGAAGCUGGGCAGUAGAUCAAAGAGGAGGACCAGCCCUCGGUCAAGAGUAUAGAAGUAGCUGUGCUCCCCUGUUAGAACCUCUAAAUAUGAGAAACACAUUGUUCAGGUAGGAAACUGAGGUUGAGAGAAAUAGUGGGGAGCAGGAAUGAAAACUAGUCUGCUGUGUGGCGCCUGACUCCCAGCAGCCCCUGGGGUGCCCUGGCCUCACUCUUCCUCCAAGAGGUGCACCUGAUUAUUCUAGGGUCUUGUUAGCAAUUUGGUGGAUCCUCUCCAUGUCAUUUCAUGAUCUGUGAGGCAGUUUAAGAGAAGCAGUAUUCAUUUUAGUUUAUGAAAAAAAAAAAAAAAGAUACUCAGGCUAAGUAUGGAGGCCCACAGCUAGGAUCCCAACACUCAGGAGGAGAACCAGGCAGAUCCCAAACUCCAAGCCAGCCCAGAAUGUCUUGUCUCAUGGGGGAGGAAAAAAAAAGACAAAAUAAAAGAAAAAUGAAAGGCACUUUGCUGCACUUUCAAGAUGUAACAGGCUUGUC